GUGUGACUGACUGCAGUUAGCAUUUAGACGACACAGGGGUAGCUAGCAGGUUAGCUUCUCUCAUCAUGGUGAAUGUAAAGAAGCGGAAAGGUCGGGUCGUGAUUGACUCUGACUCUGAAGACAGUGCUAGCGACGAUAACUUAGAUCAGGAACUCUUGUCUUUGGCGAAGAGGAAGAGGGUGGACUCAGGCGAUCAGGAGGAGCCGGUGAGCAAACCUGCAGCUUCUACAGACUCCGAGACGUCCGACAGUGAUGAUGAGUGGACUGUGGGUGGCACCAAAGGCAAAAAGAAAGUUAAACCAGGGAAAGGGUCUGAGAAGAAGAACGCUACCAAGAAGAAGGUUCACAAAGCGACGGCGUCCGGCAGCUCGGAUGGAGACAGCUCAGGGGAGAGCUCGGCACCAGAGGAGGGCGAGGUGUCCGACUCUGAGAGCAACAGCUCGUCCUCCAGCUCCGACUCGGACUCCUCCGAGGACGAUGAGUUCAGGGACGGCUACGACGACGACCUGAUGGGCGACGCCGAGGACCGAGCGCGGCUGGAGCAGAUGACGGAGAAGGAGCGAGAGCAGGAGCUGUUCAACCGAAUCGAGAAGAGGGAGGUGCUCAAGAGACGUUUUGAAAUCAAAAAGAAGCUGAAGACGGCGAAGAAGAAGGAGAAAGAGGAGAAGAAGAACAGGAAGCAGGAGGAAGAGCAGGAGAAGAGGAAGCUAUCUCAGGUGCAAGACACACAAGUGGUCAUGUCUCACAACAAGGAGAGACGGACCAAACGCGACGAAAAACUGGACAAAAAGUCCAUGGCGAUGGAGGAGCUGAAGGCCGAGCGCGAGAAGAAGAAGAACAGGACAGCUGAACUUCUGGCCAAACGUCAGCCUCUGAAGACCAGCGAGGUUUACUCCGACGACGAGGAGGAAGAGGAGGAAGACGACGACAAGUCAUCCGUCAAAAGCGAUCGCAGUUCCCGUUCGUCGUCUUAUGAUGAAGACGAUAAAGAAGAAACCCCCCCGAAGUCGCAGCCCGUCUCCUUGCCGGACGAGCUGAACCGGGUCCGGCUGUCCCGACACAAACUGGAGCGCUGGUGCCACAUGCCCUUCUUCGCCAAGACGGUGACCGGAUGCUUCGUGAGGAUAGGGAUCGGGAACAGCAGCAGUAAACCUGUGUACAGGGUCGCCGAAAUUGUGGACGUGGUGGAGACGGCGAAGGUUUACCAGCUCGGAACAACGCGAACAAACAAGGGUCUACAGUUAAGGCAUGGCGGCGACACGCGGGUCUUCAGGCUGGAGUUUGUAUCAAAUCAGGAGUUCAUGGAGAACGAGUUCAUGAAGUGGAAAGAGGCGAUGAUCGUUGCUGGGAUGCAGGUACCGACUCUGGACGAAAUCACCAAAAAGGAGCAGUCGAUCAAAGAGGCUAUGAAUUACAAGUUCAACGACAAGGACAUCGAGGAUAUUGUCAAAGAGAAGGACAGAUUCAGGAAAGCGCCAUCGAAUUACGCCAUGAAGAAAACAGCGUUACUCAAAGAUAAGGCCAUGGCAGAAGAGAGUGGAGACGGCGACAAAGUGAAGACGAUCCAGGACCAGCUGAACGAGCUGGAGGAGAGAGCCGAGAUGCUCGACAGACAGAGGACCAAGAGCAUCUCUGCCAUCAGCUACAUCAAUCAGAGGAACAGAAGCUGGAACAUCGUUGAAUCGGAGAAAGCUCUGGUGGCUGAAGGACAGUUAGCCAAAAACCAGCAGAUGGACCCCUUCACAAGGAGACAGUGCAAACCCACCAUGGUGUCUAAUGCCAGAGACCCGUCUGUCCACGCAGCUAUCCUGGCUCACCUGAACCAGAAGUACGGCUCCGGGUCUGCAACAGAUCUCCCCGGAACCGACAUGAACAACCUGAGUCAGCUCAAUGCGAAAGACAAAGACGGGCAGAAGCAGAACACCGACCUCUCAGAAGAUUUGUUUAAAGUUCACGAUUUUGACGUCAAGAUCGACCUACAGGUUCCCAACGCAGAGGCCAAGUCUUUGUCCGUGAGCUCCAACGCUCUGCCGGUGAAGGACGGCGCCCCCCGCCGGUCCUUAAACCUAGAGGACUACAAGAAGAGGAGGGGGCUGAUCUGAUGUGGGACUACAUCUACAGAAAACACACUGCAUGUGUACCUGGCUGUGCAGGAGAGAGAGAGAGAGAGAGAGAGAGUGUGGCAAAGAGAGUGUGUGUGUGUGUGUGUGUGUGUGUGUGUGUGUGUGUGUGUGUGUGUGUGUGUGUGUGUGUGUGUGUGUGUGUGUGUGUGUGUGUGUGUGUGUGUGUGUGUGUGUGUGUGUGUGUGUGUGUGUGUGUGUGUGUGUGUGUGUGUGUGUGUGUGUGUGUGUGUGUGUGUGUGUGUGUGUGUGUGUGUGUGUGUGUGUGUGUGUGUGUGUGUGUGUGUGACCCCAGAGGACGUGUAUGUGAAUGUAUGAAUCUGAAUGUGGAUCCAGCGGACUGUUCAUGCGACACAGGAAAUACUGAUGAGCGACGACUAAGGACUCUCAGCAGAAACCUGAUAUUUGUUGUUCAGUUAUUUUUGCAUCAUUAUCACACACACUUGUAUAUUGAGUUGUUGUAUUUAACUUCGGUUCCCCCCCCCUCCCUCUUUUUCGGAUCUUCUCAGUGUUUGUCUUUUUCCUCCGAAAGGACGCAGCGCUUGUGGAUUAACAAGGACAAUAUUUUUUAGAAGAUUUAGAUUAUUGAGGCAUUUUGAAAUUACUGGACUGGAUAUCGAGAGGAGUUGAGCAGCUUUGUCCAAACCACAAUUCAUUACUGUUGUAAACCCCCCCCCCCUUCUUUUUUUUUUAACAUGGAGUGUAGAUGAUCUCUGAUGCCGGACAUUGAUCACUUUUUAUCAGUCUUUGAAACGACACAAUUUAACAGGAACCUUUUUCUAUGACUGGCCCGCUUCGUAAAGGUGUUGAAUCUUCCUUCCUGGUCUCUCUUUGUUGGUAGUUCACAGGAGAAACUUCCCUUUUCCUCCCAGAGCAGAUUCUAUACGUUUUCCAUUGUGUCCAUAGUCAGUUCCUGUUUUGAUGUGGCAUGCCAUGUAAAUAUGCAUUUUGGAGUGAGUGCGGAAAAAAUAAAGAGGCACUGUUUCAUAA